ACUUUGGUUGGUUUUUUUGCACUUUCAGGUGGCCACCAUGUACAGACAACAAAGGCUGGUGGUGGUGUGAAGGCAUAUCAUUGCCUUUAUAACACUGUGUUGCAGUGUGUGUUGGGCCCUGUCUUUCCUGUGCAACUGCACAUUUAUAGUCUGUUUAAUGGUCUGUUGCUCAUGGAUGACUCUGUGGCUUAUGUUAUUGUGAGAGCAUACAUCCCACCAUCUAUCCCUUGUGACCCUAUCUUAUUGGAAGCCUCUGAUAUUGUGCCAUUCCCUGGUGAUCCUGGUUCUGAGAAGUUCAAGGCUGCUAUCCCUGACUGUCCCUGGCCCUUUAUCUUUGGUGUUGGCACUGUGACCAUGCAUGCAGUCUCACUGCCUGAUGGUGUCACCAAGGCUUUUGCAGUGACAUCAUCAGAUUUCAUGCAGGAU